UGGCCCUUGGACUCUCCGGCCGGCCGGAUUUUGGGGGAGAAGGCUGAGGGAUGGCGGAGCGCAGGGUGUCCCGCUGGUAUUUCGGGGGCCUGGCCUCCUGCGGGGCGGCGUGCUGCACCCACCCGCUGGACCUGCUGAAGGUCCAUCUGCAGACUCAGCAGGAGGUGAAGAUGAGGAUGACGGGCAUGGCCAUCACUGUCAUCAAGAACGAUGGCUUCUUCGCCCUGUACAACGGCCUGAGCGCGUCGCUGUUCAGACAGAUCACUUAUUCCCUCACCCGUUUUGCCAUCUAUGAGACUGUGAGAGACCGCCUGGCACAGGAUAACAAGGGCCCCCUCCCAUUCUACCAGAAGGUGAUGCUGGGGGCGUUCGGGGGUUUUACAGGAGGAUUUGUGGGGACCCCAGCAGAUAUGGUUAAUGUCAGGAUGCAGAAUGAUAUGAAGCUCCCGGCACAUCUCAGACGCAAUUACGCCCAUGCACUAGACGGCAUGUACCGAGUCAUCCGAGAAGAGGGGUUCAGGAAGCUUUUCUCAGGGGCAACCAUGGCGUCCAGCAGAGGAGCCCUAGUAACGGUCGGACAGCUGGCCUGCUAUGAUCAAGCCAAGCAGUUGGUGCUGAACACGGGGUACCUGUCGGACAACAUUUUCACACACUUUUUGGCCAGCUCCAUCGCAGGCGGGUGUGCUACAUUCCUUUGUCAGCCCCUGGACGUCCUGAAAACACGACUUAUGAAUUCCAAGGGGGAGUACAAGGGGGUUGUACACUGCACAAUGGAGACUGCAAAGCUGGGACCUCUGGCCUUUUAUAAGGGUCUUGUUCCAGCCGGCAUCAGACUCGUCCCUCACACCGUCCUGACCUUUGUGUUCCUGGAGCAGCUGCGGAAAUAUUUUGGCAUCCGUGUUCCGGCAUAGUAUUGGUUGUGGGGGUCAUGGCUGAUCCUUCUUACGAUCCAUCCUGCGGCCACUAUUGAGCAGGACAUAUGGACUAUCAGUGUCCCCCGUAUCAUUUGUGGACAGACGGGAUCUGCUUCAGUGAAGUCGAUCCUGGAGAACGGAACGGACUGUCCGUGUAGAGGAGAAGACUUCUCCAACCAACUAGACCUUAGAUUAUGAUCAUAACUGUAGAUCUUCUAAUUAACAUGGGGCAUACAUGACUCCUUGCUAGAUACCACUACCAAAAGAACUUUCCCGUAAACCUUCUAUGUGAAACAAGGUUGAUCUGAGCCAUAGCCGACUGGUUACUAGUGGUGUCAAAGUGGCAUGAAGCCGCAGCGGCCAACCAUUAGUUCCUCCUUGUGCCUGUCUGCAGGAAGUGAAGCAAUGGAAGCAGAUGUGUGCUAUGUCUCCCUGGAUUAAUUCAGUAUUACUCCUGCCCAACGCUAGCCAAUAACGCGCCGUGAUUCGUAACGCAUGUGAUGUCGUCCUGACCUGCUGAUCGGGUUCUCCGGAUACCUACCUUGGCUGUUUAAUUAGUAAUUUUAUGUCUUGUAAUUCAUGGGAAUGAUGAAUUUUAAUAGGAAGCACUUGUGAUUUGGUAAAAAUAUGUUUAAUGUGCCAAGGAUCAAAACAAUAGUGUUAUUUAAAUGAGUCUAAUGUAUUUUACUGUAAACUGAUGAAUAAAAUGAAUAGUUUUAUUA